AUUUCUCACACUCACAUACAAACAAGCAAACAAACAAAACUAAUCAUGCCUUGUGAACCAAUAACCACCCAAAUGACGGUUACUCCAACUACUACUACUACUAAUGAUGAUCAUCACGCUACUCAAAUCAUUUCAAAAUCAACUGUUUUUCCAUCAACAAAAUCCACUCUUCCUUACCUUAAACUAUCAACCUCUGAUCUCCCUAUGCUUUCUUGUCAUUACAUCCAAAAAGGCAACCUCUUUCUCGACCCACCCCUCCCAAUUUCAACCCUUGUAUCCCAUCUCCAAAACGGUCUUUCCACCACCCUGACUCACUUCCCCCCUCUCGCGGGCCGACUCGUGACCGAUUCCAGCGGAUACGUAUACAUAUCUUGUAACGAUUCAGGCGCGCAAUUCGUGCACGCUGAUGCCACUCAUCUUUCUGUCUCUGACAUCCUUUCACCCAUUCAUGUUCCUGAAUCUGUCAAGUCGUUUUUCGCCUUUGACAGAAUGGUUAGUUAUGAAGGCCAUUUUAACCCGUUGCUAGCUGUUCAAGUGACUGAGCUUAAGGAUGGUUUGUUUAUCGGUUUUUCGGUUAAUCAUGCUGUUGUUGAUGGAACUUCCUUAUGGAACUUUAUCAAUACCUUUGCUGACGUAUGCCGAGGCGUUAAAUUGAUCACAAAACAACCCUGUUUUACCCGACAGUCCGUUAUUAUUUCACCCGCGGUACUUAAAGUGCCCGCGGGUGGCCCGAAAGUCACUUUCGACGAACACGCGCCUUUAUCUGAAAGAGUAUUUAGCUUUACUAGAGAUGCUAUUUUGAAGCUAAAAGAUUAUACUAACAAGAAAAAAAUUAUAGAAAUUAACGCGGCUGAAGUAAUGGGAAAACAGAGUAACGAUCCGAUUAACGAAAAAGUUACCGCGCUGUUAAUUGGUAACUGGAUACGAAACGCUGUCGUUUCGAAAACAGAACCCGAGAUUUCUUCUUUCCAGUCUUUAUGUGCUUUGUUAUGGCGUGCAGUGACACGUGCGAGAAAAUUCCCAAAUUCUAAAACGACAACGUUUAGGAUGGCAGUGAAUUGUCGACACAGGCUGGAGCCAAAAUUGGAGACGCUUUAUUUCGGUAACGCGAUACAAAGCAUUCCAACGUACGCAACAGCAGGGGAUGUUCUGUCGCAUGAUCUAAAAUGGUGUGCUCAACAAUUGAACAAGAAUGUUUUGUCACACGACGACAUGACGGUGCGUCGUUUUGUUAAGAAUUGGGAACAGGAUCCACGGUGUUUUCCAUUAGGGAAUUUUGAUGGAGCGAUGUUGACAAUGGGGAGUUCGCCAAGGUUUCCAAUGUUUGAUAACGAUUUCGGGUGGGGAAAACCUGUUGCGGUAAGGAGUGGCAGGGCGAAUAAAUUCGACGGCAAGAUCUCGGCGUUUCCGGGGAAGGAAGGUGGUGGGAGUGUGGAUUUGGAGGUGGUGCUUUGUCCGGAAACAAUGGCGGAAUUGGAAAUGGAUCAAGAGUUUAUGCAGUAUGUUUCUUGUACUUCUUCAGGGGAGCACUGUUAAGUUGGUUUGUUGAUAGUUAAAAAAGUACUUAAUUGCUUACUUACUAUGUUGCUGAUUUUAUGUUUUGUUGGUGUUUAAGGUCAAGUCUUUGUUUGUAUAAUGAUGGUAAUUUAUUUCCUAAUUUAACAUAUAGUUUCCUUCUCUUCAA